AAAACGAUAAUGUUCGUGUGGAAUAUAAUAUAUUAUGACAAUAUUAUGUUAUAGUUGGUGCUUAUUAAAAUAUAAUAUUUAUCACGGACGUGAUAUUUAUGCACAGACUUCUAUACCAGAAGUCUGUGUAUUUAUGUAUUAUGAAUUUAUGAUGUAUUGCCCUCAUAGAGUAAUAUUGAAUCUAUUCUGUGAUAUUACCUUAUGAUUGCCCAUCUCCAUCAUUUAUAUAAAUAUCAUAUUAUCAUGAUGUUAUAUCAUGCAUUCAUGCUUAUUAUCACAUUCACAGUACAUAAAAUAGAUUCAACUUAUUCUGUGAUUAUAUAAUAUGUAAAUUAUAGUUGCUAUACUUUUAUUGUAUGCUAUUAGUGCUAUUGCAUAAAAUUAACACUAUUAAAGUUAAAAGUAUUAAAUAUUGACUAUUAUUCCUUAUCCUUAUACUAUGGAAUCUGGAUGGACACAUGGGUAUUUGAAGACUUACAUCAGUUAACUGCGAUUUGGAUAUCAAGAUAUACUGGUCAAUGUUAUUCAAUAGUAGCAGUUUAUUUGGUGUCCACUUUUGAAAGAGUUGACACUUAACUUAAAUCCUCAGGUUCUGAUUGUGGUCUGUCAUAUAUUGAUUUCGGUCCACUCAAAGUCAAAGCUGUCAUAAUGGUACCUCGCGUGACUCUGCUAGACGCUCACGUACUCGAUGAUCACAUUUUCAAAAUAUUUAUUGGCCAGACCUUAAAGAUUUUUAAAUACUUACCGUCGUGGAUUUUAAACAAUUGUGAGUUGGAAAUAAAUGGAAUAUUACAAUUCUUAAUAACAUAUUAUUCUGUGACAAAAUCAAAAGCAACAUUUGGUCAACAAAUGCUUGGCAUUAGAUUUAAACCAGAUCAGCUAACUGACAUAAAGUUAGUUCUAUUUCAAUUGUUUACAGUCGGAGCAGAGUAUAUACAAUCAAAAGUAGAAAGUCCUUCGAACAAUUUUAUAAGCAAUAUUUCUAACCUACAAUUAAUUGUUGAUGUUUUGAAAGCAGCUUCUUUCUUGAAUUUCCUGUUAUUCUUAAAACAAGGCAAGUAUCCGACAUUGACUCAAAGAUUUUUAAGUCUAUCACAAGAGCCAACCCGUAAAAGAAGUAUUGAAUACACUCAUAUGACAAGAGAACUGCUAUGGCAUGGUUUUUCAGAGCUGUUGUUAUUCACAUUACCUCUGAUCAAUUAUCAGUCUUUAAAACAUAAAAUAUCCAGAGUAAUGCAUUUCACACCACGCAAAAGAGAUUUCAAAGAAAGACAGCCGCUUAUGUUUCCUGUGUCAGUGUGCAGUAUUUGUCAAGAGAGGCCUGUAUUACCGCAUCACCUUAAAUGCUCCCAUGUUUUUUGUUACUACUGUAUAAGUACAAAAAGAAUGGUCGAUGAAAAAUUUGAAUGUCCUGAGUGUCAUCAUUUUGAACCUAAUGUAAUACCUGUGAUACUGAUCAAUAAAGUUAAUAUUAAUUUAUAAUAAUU